AUGAGAGUGUUUCUAGCAGAAGAUAACCUUUGUGCACAAAAUUUAUUAAAACUGGUGUCACACGGAAAUGCCAUUUUGGCAGAAAUACUAAGAUUAAAAGAUCAUAUACCUACAACCUAUUUAUUAGAUAGUAAAGAGUUGCAACAAAAAUAUCAAGAUGUUAUAAUGGAUUUUAGUUUCUUUAAAGUGUCAGAUAAUCAAGAACGUAAAAUCAAUGCUAACAUGAAACUUCAAGAUUUGGAUGAUGAUUUGAAAGAAAAAUAUUUGGAAUUGAUAACCAGAUUCUAUUUAUUGUUUGAAAACAUUUAUCAGUAUAUAGUUGACUUAAACACUUUUGUAGAGCAGUUACAUGAUGGAUCAUUCAUUCAACAAACAAUUGAUUCUGUUAUGAAAGAUGUUGAAGGAAAACAACUGCUAUGUGAAUCUUUAUACUUGUAUGGAUCUAUGCUAUUACUAUGUGAUUUAUACAUUCCGGGACCAGUAAGAGAAAGAUUAUUAGUUGCUUUUUAUCGGUAUAGCACAAGUCAAUCACAAUCUAAUGUAGAUGACGUUUGUAAAUUGUUACGAGACACAGGCUAUGAUCAACAACAUGCCAGGAAGCCUGUGGACUACCCUGUUGAAUUUUUCAGCCGUGUGCCUAUUCACCCAGAUUUUGUGGAUAAAGUGGUGGGUAAACUUAGAUCUGAAGACAUUUAUAACCAACUGGCUGUGUACACAAUACCUGAACAUCAAGCUUCAGCACUUGCCACCCAAGCAAGCAUGCUAGUCGUCUGCUUGUUUUUCACACCACAUUUUUUACAUAAUGAUACAUCUAAAAUGCGAGAAAUUGUAGACAAAUUUUUCCCAUGCAAUUGGAUUGUUCCUAUAUAUAUGGGUGUUACAUUGAAUCUUGUUGAUUUUUGGGAAAACUUUAAAGCAGCUAAAAACUCAUUACAUAACACAUGUAAUACUAAAAUGGUAAAGGAGAUCUUUGGAAAAAGAGGAGAUUCAGUAGCAGUUCUGAUUAAUAAGACUCGACAGUUGCUAAAGGAAGGAACAUUGACAGAUGACUUUGUACUUGAUAAUAUAAGUAAAAUUUUAAAUAUAAUAAUAAAUUCUAAUCAUGUGUUGCGAUGGCUAUUAUUACAUAACAGUGAUGUAAUAUUUUUCGAUAAUAACAAAAAAAGUAAACAGCUAAGAGAAUUGGUAUUGAAGGAAUCUAAUUAUGACCCGAUAAAUGUUCUAGAGCUGUUAACAUGUACUGCUGAAUUAGAACUAAAAAUUAGAGAAUUUUUACAAAAAUUACUAGAAAGUAAAAAUUCUAGUUGGGAAGCUAACAAAAAUCUCGCUUUAGAAGCUGUAAACAGUCUAUCCGAAUUAUUCUCAGGAUCGAAACCGUUUGCCAAAGUAACUGAAAACGAACAAUUGAAGCUUUGGUUUGACAAUAUUGCCAAACAAGUAUCUUCAUUGAGUGAGCCCAUUACGAGCAAAUCUAUAAAAAAAGUUACUCAACUUAUACAAGCUUUAGAUGAAGUGGAGGAGUUUCAUGGAAUUAAGAGUACUUCCACGAUCUUGCAAUUUCUUUCCGAGGGAAAAGAAGCAUUGAGAAAUCUAUUACGCAUUGCGUCUUUAAAAGAAGAUUCACUUGUCACUUUAGAGACAGUAGCAGAUUUUAGUUAUGCAUGGUGUACAAUAGACUUAUACACUAAAUAUAUGCAGAAUAGCAUUAAAGAGAAUCCAGCUAUUACAAGUAGAUUAAGAGCACUUUUUCUCAAAAUUGCUAGUGCAAUGGAAAUUCCAUUACUCCGAAUAAAUCAAGCGCAAAGUGAUGAUUUGGUUUCGGUUUCACAGUACUACAGUAAUGAAUUGAUUAGAUAUAUUCAAAAAGUACUACAGAUUAUUCCAGAAAUGGUUUUUAAUAUUGUUGAGAAGAUUAUUGAUCUACAGACUUGGACAAUUAAGGAAGUGCCUACUAGAAUUGACAAAGAGAAACUAAGGGAAUAUGCACAGUUGGAACACCGAAUGGAAGUUGCAAAGCUUACACACUCUGCAUCUACAUUUACUACAGGCAUUUUAGAUAUGAGAUCAACAUUAGUUGGUGUUAUUCGAGUUGAUCCAGCGGAGUUACUUGAGGAGGGACUCAUGAAGGAGUUGGACACUCACAUUAGCAAAAAGUUUAAUGAACUUUUAGAACCGCAGGCGAAAAGACACGUUAAUUUAAUUUCUCGUCUCCAAAAACUGUCUGAGAGUAUGGACGGCUACAAGAGAUCAUUAGAAUAUAUACAAGAUUACAUAAACAUUCACGGUUUACGAAUAUGGCAAAAACAGGUGUCUGCUAUCAUUAACGAGAAUGUGAAUAAAGAAAUAAGUGUACGUAAAGGUGUGUCAUUGUACGGACCAUCGGCUGGAUUUAUGGGAUGCCUAGCUCGACAAAUUGCGCAAUUGAUUGAUGCCAGGUUGUCCGUCUAUAUAAACAUAUGCAGUGCGUGGUUCGAUAUCAAAACACAAAAAGAAAUUGUUAACACAAAAACUUUUGCUAAAUUAAACGACGCAAUAGGUGUGGUAGGCCUCCAUGGAUUGGACACUCUCUAUGCUUUCAUGAUAAAAAAUCAACUGCAGAAUGUUCAAACAGUACUCAGGAACUGUCAAGAAAAAUUCACUAUUUCAAAUGUUAACAUGGAUACAAAAGAAUUGGAACAAGUUAUUGUAAAAUGUACGAAAACAAUACAACAGAUUACCGAAGUGCUACUUCUUGUUGGAAAUUUGCAGCUUUUAAGGAAGCAUAUUUCUUACCAAUUGAACACCAGUUGUAAAUUCGAUUCAGCACAUUUGGAGGCCUCUUUGAGGACGAUGAAUGAGGCUUUGAUAAACGAAUUAAAAACGAGAAAAUCAGACGUGACAUCGAUACCAUUAACGCUAAUUCAUGAUUUAGACGAAUACUUAGUACGAUGUGGAAUUAAUGAACCGUUUGAAAAGGUUUAUGUAAAACAUGCGCAAGAAUUUCGGAACGCCGAUCUGGGCCGCAUUUUGGCAAUUGUUCUUAUUUCACAGUUAUCUAAACUUCAUUUAUGCUACUCUACAGGAGAUUUAAUUAGUAAAAAGGCAGGCGAUAAUAUUGAUGGUUUUCCCCUUUUGGUGGGCAUUUAUACAUUGUUACGACAAGGCAAAAUAGAGAGUAUAGAAGAAUUCGUUGAUACCCUAUGCAAGUACGCGAAAGUCACAACUCUCAUAAAAUUAAAGUCAUCUGAAUCAUCGAAUGAAAGUGUAUUUACUUUGAGAAUAUUACAAAUGUUCUAUGAAACGUUCAAUUACAAGUUUCAAAAAAUAGAAGAUAAAUUACCACUGUCUUUACUUACCAGCGUUCCAAAUAAGUGA